AGGGGGAGUCGCGUUGCCCGCCCGCCUCUGGGUCACGUGGGGGAGGCGCGCUCGGCCGCGGAUUGGUUGGCCGGGGGUGUGACGUAAUCGGAGGCCGAGCUGCGAGCCGAAGGGCUUCGGGGUUCGGCUGGGUUCGGCUCGGCUGCGCCAUGUCGGUGGCGUUCGUGCCGGAGCGGCUGCGGGGGAAGGCGGAAGUCAAUCAGGAGACCAUCCAGCGGCUGUUGGAAGAAAAUGACCAGCUGAUCCGGUGCAUCGUGGAGUACCAGAACAAGGGCCGAGCGGCAGAGUGCACACAAUACCAGCAUGUCCUGCACAGGAAUCUUAUUUACCUGGCAACCAUCGCAGACGCCAGCCCCACAAAUACUCAGAAAACAGUAGACUGAAUGGUGCAAGUUGGUGGUGGUCUCCAGAGCCAUGGUGCCUCUACCCUUGCUGAAUUUUAGAAUUUCCACCUAAAGAAGACAUUUACAAAAGUUUGGUCCUAUUAGUAAGGAACAGAGGUUUAUCUGGAUUCUUCAUAUGAAAUUUAAAUGUGGUAUAAGGAACUUACACAAAUUCCAUUUUUCUGCACUGUACAUCUCUGGAAAUUAAGAUAGUGAGACCCUUUCAAAGUGUGCUAUUCUUUUUGGCAUUUGUAUGAACAGGACUGCUCGAGGCACCUGGAAUGUCUUUAUUGAGGUUAAACUAUGUAAAAACUUGUAAAAUUG